AUGUCUCUAGGCCGCCUCGGCCGCGCGCCCUCGUCGCUAUUCCUGCUCCAGUCCUUCACCACCACCGCCGCCGGCGCUCCGCCGGCCGCGCCCACCCCCUCAUCCCCGGGCUUCCUCGCGCACCACCUGCUCGACGAAUUCUCCCGCCCGCGCGCCACCCGUGACGCGGCCCGCCUCCGCCGCCUCGCGGCGUACCUCACGCCGCCAGCCGCGGAGUCCGUCAUCCUCCGCCUGCCGUCCUGGCGCCACGCGCUCGACUUCUUCCGCUGGGCCGCCGAGCAGCCGGGCUUCCGCCACUCCUGCUAUUCCCUCAACGCCAUGGCAUCACUCCUGCCACCGCACCAGCGCGCGCACCUUGACCGCCUCGCCACCGAAGCGCUCGCCUCUCGCUGCUCCAUGACGCCCGGCGCGCUGGGGCUCCUCCUCCGCCGCCUCGGCGCGGUUGGCCUCCCGGAUACCGCUGCCCGCGCUUUUGAUGCAGCGAGGACGACGCUCAGCUGCACCCCAAACUCGUACACGUACAACUGCCUCCUCGACGCGCUCGCCAAGGCCGGCCGUGCAGAAGACGCCGAGGCGCGGUUGCAGGAGAUGGUGGCGAGUUGCGGUGACGAGAGCGUCGACAGGUACACGCUCACCUCGCUCCUAAAUUGCUAUUGCAACGCGGGGCGUCCUGAAGACGCGAGCGCCGUGUUACAGAGAAUGAGCGAGAAGGCCUGGGUGGAUGAGCACGUGUUAACUAUGCUUGCUGUGGCGUUCAGCAAGUGGGGAAAGGUGGAGGAUGCAGUUGAGCUGAUUGGGAGGAUGGAGGCACUUGGCAUGCGACCAAGCGAGAAGACGUUGAGCGUUCUAGUACAUGGGUUUGCCAGGCAGGGGAGGGUUGAUGUGGCCAUGGAUAUGUUUGGUAAGAUGGCCAGUUAUGGAUUCAGUGUGGAUUUGGCGAUGUACAGUGUGUUAAUUGAGGGGCUGUGUGAUGGAAACGAGAUGGGGAAGGCUGUGAAAUUGUUUGAGGAUAUGAAGAGGGACAGGGUUACACCUGAUGUCCGCUUGCUCAAGAAGAUGAUUGAGACAUUCUGUAGACGAGGAGAAUUCUCUACUGUUGGCCCAUUCAUUAAUGAAAAUGCAGUGCAUCUGAAACCCGGCAGUGCUGCCCUAUUAUAUAAUGUGAUUCUUGAAGGUCUUACUAACCAUGGAGAGGUAGAAGCAGCAUAUCAGUUGCUCAGCUCCAUGGUGCGUGGUGGUCAGAGGAUUAGUGACGAUGAUACUGUUGGUGUGCAUAUUUUUGUUAUCAGUGAAGAUGUUAAACCAAACUCUGAUUCGUUUAACAUUGUUGUGUGCGGCCUUUGUAAGGUUAAGAAGCUGGAUCUGGCUUUGGCUCUCAUAAAGGACAUGGUUGGCCUUGGUUGCAAGGGAAAGCUUUUGAUGUUUAAUGAUUUGAUACUUGAAUUGUGCAAUUCGGAUAGACUAGAUGAAGCAUAUGAGAUAUUCAACCAAAUGAAGGAUCUUGGUUUGAAACCCUCUGAGUUCACAUAUAAUUCAUUGUUUUAUGGUAUUUGUAGAAGAAAAGAUACUAGUGCUGCCACUGAUCUGCUGAGGGAGAUGCGGACAAACACGCACAAACCAUGGAUUAAGAACUGCACAGAGAUGGUGCAACAGCUUUGUCUCAGUGGCAGGAUAACAGAAGCCUUGCAAUUUCUCGAUGAAAUGUUAAAAUUAGGUUUUCUUCCUGACAUUGUCACGUACUCUGCUGCCAUGAAUGGGAUGUGUAAAAUUGGAGAGACAGAAAAUGCAUUAGGGAUUUUCCGUGACAUUUCUUCCAAAUGUUAUCUUCCUGAUGUGGUAGCACACAAUAUCUUGAUAAAUGGAUUCCGGAAAGCAGGUAAGUUUGAUGAGGCGCAAGAAAUCAUGGAAGAAAUGUUGAGUAAGGGUCUGUUUCCUUCUGUAGUUACCUACAAUCUUAUGAUUGAUAUUUGGUGCAAGUCCGGCAGGAUUGACAAAGCAAUCACUUGCGUAGAUAAGAUGAUUGAUGAAGAGAAGCCACCAACAGUUGUUACAUAUACAAGCUUGUUAGACGGACUCUGUAAUGCUGGAAGGCCCGAUGAAGCCAUCGUUUUGUGGUGCAAAAUGGAGGAAAAAGGUUGUUCGCCAAAUGAGAUAGCAUAUACUGCUUUUGUUAAUGGACUGUGCAAGUGUGGUCAAAUGGAGACUGCAGUGAACUACUAUGAAGAGAUGAAGACGAAAGGUUUUGACUUGGAUAUUUUUUCCCUGUUAAAUUUAAUAAAUUCGUUGAUAGCACAGGGACAGGCCAGUAAAGGAUGUGAGCUUUUGAAAGUUGUUCUCCAAAAAGACGUGGUGCCCAGUAAUCAUUUGAAAAUGGUAGGCUUAAUAAAUAAAGCAACUAAGGAGCUGUCUAAAGAUGGAAGAAUCUCGUCAGAUAUCAUGAUACUUGUAGAUAAAUGGUUAGUUUCAAGGGGUCAAGCUUCAGCAACAACUUUCUGCAGGAAGACCUUUCUUAAUCUGCCUUUUAAGAUACGUGUAAGGAACAAUAGAGAUCAUGCUGAGGUGAAUCCAGAAGCCUUCGACUCUAUUCCUUGGUUUGUGGUACAACAGAUGCAGGAUCAUCCUUUACAAUCUUGA